AUGAAGCUCGCCGUCUUGUCCCUCCUCGCUUCGGUCGCGAGCGUCCGCCCAGCAGCCAGCAACACCAACACCUCACACCCCUCCAAUCCCCUCACCGUGAAAACUUUGUCCGGCACGUUCACAGGCCUCAUCGACCCAGCCGCACCAAACACCCUCCAAUGGCGCUCCAUCCCGUUCGCCGAACCCCCGGUCGCCUCCCGCCGCUGGCUGCCUCCCGCAAAACUCCAGCCCAACAACAUCACCAAACCCCAAUACACCACCAAAUUCCCGCCCUCAUGCCCUCAAUUCGUAUCCGCCGUAGAAUCAAUGUGGAACCUGCCCCUGACGGAGGGUAACCUCAUCUACAAUGGCGCCCAAAACGACACCUCGGGCCUGGUGGGCGAGGCAACCUCCGAAGACUGCCUCUACCUCGCAAUCUGGGCACCCACGACCCCGCCGCCCACAAAGGAAGGCUUUCCCGUGCUCUUCUUCAUGACGGGCGGCGGGUUCGUCAUGGGAGGGAUAGAUCUGCCCUGGCAAAUACCGACAUCGUGGGUUGAGCGCUCGCAGUCGGCCAUUAUUGUGACGAUAAACUAUCGCGUCAACAUCUUUGGCUUCCCCAACGCGCGCGGGUUAGACGCGGAGGGCAUAUCGCAGAAUUUGGGUAUCUUAGACCAGCGUGCCGCUCUGGAAUGGGUACAGGAAAACAUUGCUGCCUUUGGCGGCGACCCGGGGCGCAUCAUGCACUGGGGCCGGUCGGCGGGGUCUGUUAGUGCGGAUAUCCACGCCUACGCGUACUAUGACGACCCGAUCGCACAGUCGUAUUACAUGGAGUCCGGCGUCGUGCAGUCCGGUAUCGAGGCGGACCCGACGUACUCCAACUUCACCUUUGUCGCGCAGAACGUAGGCUGCGGAUCUCCCUGUGGCGUCGACUGCGAGGACGAAGACGGCACGGCGGAGCUGGACUGCAUGCGCCGGGUAUCUCCUACGCAAAUCAGCAACUUUAUUGGACAAUACACCGACCGGGGCGAGACACCCGCCAUAUUCUUCUCCUUGGUCCAGGAUGAACGCAUCAUCUUCCAAGACUACGAGGCCCGCGCAGCAGAAGGCAAACUCGCCCGCCGUCCGAUCCUCAUAUCUCUUACAGCCAACGAAUUCUCCUCUCUGGUCCCCUGGCCAAAAGAUAACCUGACAGAAGGACCUUGGCAGCCGCUGGUUACAGAAGCAGACGUCGUGUGGGUGUGCGCGGCGUACAAUGCUACCGUUGCGCGUAACCAACUCAGCAUGUCUGAAGCCCCCGUGUUCCGAUUCCAGUAUGCAGCUGAGUUCCCCAAUCUGAAUGUCUAUGACUGGCUUGGUGCGUACCACAACAGCGAGACGCCGUUGGUGUUUGGGACGUAUGAGCUAUUGGAUCAUAUUGCACCGACGACGGAGUUCCAAGUCGAGGUGAGCCGGGCGAUGCAGGAUCGCAUCAUGGCAUUUGCUGAGGAUCCAUAUCAUGGCCCGCAGAAGAAGUUCGGAUGGGAGCCGCGGGUUGUGAGUGAGGCGAAUGGGGGUUAUGUCCUUCGGUUUGGAGCAGGUGGGAAAGUGGUGGAGCGGAUUGAUGGCGUUGAGAUGGAUGGUGUAUGUACAGGAUUGGGUGAGUAUGAUCCUUUCCCGUAG